UGUAUAACUGCUCAUUGCCAUUCCCUCUGAAUUCCUGACUCCAGCAGGCUGUGAGGUUUUCAGUGCCUGUCUGGGGGGAAUUGCUAAUUAUUUAUUUCAGUGUUUCUUGGGCAGAACUGAGUGGUGUCUUGGGAACUUCAGGGCAGUGGCUGUUGAUGGAGAGUUAGGUAUUCUGGCAGGAGGAAUGAAUUUGGUUUCUAAUGCAUUUUGUGUUGUCUGAGGCUCUGUCAGGACUAGCACUCUGAGCAGAUCACAUGGAAACACACAGAUGGUUUUCCCAAAACGUGCAGUAUAGCGUUGAAAGAAAACAUGAGACAUGAGUGUGCCAGUCUGCAGAAGAAAGGGACGGGCAAAUAGGGUGCCAAGGUAGGCAUCCUGCUUGGUGAAGGUAAGAUUGGCUGGUUUUUGAUAGAGUUUUGGGACACGAUGGUUUCAGGCUUUGUGUAUGGACGAUCGGGAGGUUGGUUUUAUCUGUGCUGGUAAUUUGCAGAUAAGGAAUAGAUACCAGCUGGGCGCCUGGCUUUGUGUCACAUCCCCUUUUGGCAGUGAUGCUGUGGGAGAUGUGUCAGCAUGGAAAGUGGAAAGAGAGCUGGUCUCUCACUCAAGGUUUGACAGCUUUAAAAUCCUGAUAGACUGGAAUGUGUUUUCCACCAUUGGUUUUUGUAGAGAGCAGCUCUAGGAACAUCUUAGUUUGGGGAAAAUCCUGUAUCAACAAGAUAGAUGAACAAAGUGUGUUUGCUUUUGGUUUUUGGUUACUACUUGUGUGUCUAAGCAGGGAGUGGGAAGCAUUUGAAAACCAGUCAAGGUUCCAUAACUGAGAAGUGAUGGCUUAGAAAAAGGCAGUUGAGUUGUACAAGUGCUCUGUCAGGGGGUCCAGGUGCCACAUCCAGGAAACUGCUCCUGAUUCUGCCUGUCCUCACUGAUACAUGAGCUGACAGAGCCCUGACAUCCUCCUGUGCCCUGUGCCCUCAGGUUACACCACAGCUGCACCUUCAGUGUGAGAGGUUUCCUUUGCUGUACACGUCGGGUGGGCAGCUGUGACCCUCCCCUUCCAGCAGGCACUGAAUGGCAGCUUACAGUGGUGCUGGCUGUGGAGCAAAUCUGAGAGGAUGUAAUGCACUUAUUGAACAUAUCCAUGCUGGGCUUGCAUUGUCAGCUGGAUUUCCCUGACCCAGAGCAUUCCCUCAUGGCUCACGAAGCCUGCCUUGCUCUGCAGGCCUGGAUCCCAGGGCAGGGCCAGGGGGAGUGCAUACCAUUAACUUCAGCACUCUUUUUCCCUUCCAGCUAGCCUGGAAAACCUUAGCCAAAAGACAGCAAACCACAGGGAAGUGGAGACGUGUGUGAUUGUCUGAAGCUGCUCUGGAGUGCCUGGAGUGCCACGGUGGAGCGCAGAACCUACGGGCUCGCUGCAGGAUUUAGGUCACCCUUGCUGUGGAGCACACAGGACCUGGGGACUGAGCUUGCCCUAAAAGAAACCAUGUCAUCAGGGGGAGCUGAAGAUGAUAUUCCUCAAGCAGAGAGAAAAACGGUGACAGACUUUUGCUACUUAUUGGAUAAAUCUAAGCAGCUCUUCAAUGGCUUAAGGGAUUUACCUCAGUAUGGGCAGAAGCAGUGGCAAUCCUAUUUUGGGCGAACAUUUGAUGUUUACACCAAACUCUGGAAGUUCCAACAGCAGCACCGACAAGUAUUGGACAAUCGGUAUGGGUUGAAGAGGUGGCAAAUUGGGGAAAUUGCUUCCAAGAUUGGGCAGCUCUAUUACCAUUAUUACCUGCGCACCUCUGAGACCAGCUAUCUCAACGAGGCGUUCUCCUUCUACUCUGCCAUCAGGCAGAGGUCCUACUACUCCCAAGUCAACAAAGAAGACAGGCCUGAACUAGUGGUUAAGAAGCUACGUUACUAUGCAAGGUUCAUAGUGGUUUGUCUCCUGCUCAACAAGAUGGAUGUUGUAAAGGACCUUGUGAAGGAGCUGUCAGAUGAAAUUGAAGACUACACGCAUCGUUUCAAUACUGAGGAUCAGGUGGAGUGGAACCUGGUUCUUCAGGAAGUGGCAGCAUUUAUUGAGGCAGACCCUGUCAUGGUUUUAAAUGAUGACAACACCAUUGUAAUCACCUCUAACAGGCUUUCUGAGACGGGAGCUCCGUUGCUGGAGCAGGGGAUGAUAGUGGGACAGCUUGCUCUUGCAGAUGCGCUCAUUAUUGGGAACUGCAACAACCAGGUCAAGUUCAGUGAACUGACAAUCGACAUGUUCCGGAUGCUGCAGGCUCUGGAGAGGGAACCCAUGAACUUGGCAUCUCAAAUGAACAAACCCGGAAUGCAGGAGUCAGCAGAGAAACCAGCCAGGCGGGAAAACCCCCAUAAAUACCUACUUUAUAAACCAACUUUUAGCCAGCUAUAUACAUUUUUAGCAGCAUCAUUUAAGGAGCUGCCUGCCAACAGCGUGCUGCUGAUUUACCUGUCUGCCACGGGCGUGUUCCCAUCAGGUCGUUCGGAUAGUGAAGGUCCCUACGAUUUCGGGGGAGUGCUGACCAACAGCAACCGCGACAUCAUCAACGGGGACGCCCUGCACAAGCGCAACCAGGCCUACAAGGAGAUGCACUGCCUUCACCCUGGAGAUCUGUACCCUUUCACCAGAAAGCCCCUGUUCAUCAUCGUGGAUUCUUCCAACAGCGUCGCCUACAAGAAUUUCACAAACUUAUUUGGACAGCCAUUGGUGUGCUUGCUUUCUCCAACAGCAUAUCCAAAAGCAUUGCAAGAUCAGUCUCAGCGGGGUAGCCUCUUCACACUCUUUCUGAACAAUCCCUUAAUGGCAUUCCUGUUUGUCUCUGGAUUAUCAAGCAUGCGCCGAGGAUUGUGGGAGAAGUGUCAGGAUUACCUCCGGAAAAUCAACCGGGACAUUGCCCAGCUGCUGACCCACUCCCGCUCCAUAGAUCAGUCCUUCCUUCAGUUUUUUGGGGAUGAGUUCCUUCGCUUGCUUCUCACAAGAUUUAUCUUCUGUUCGGCUACGAUGAGGAUGCACAAAAUCUUCCGGGAGACUCGAAAUUAUCCUGAAUCUUAUCCUCAGCUGCCACGAGAUGAAACGGUGGAGAACCCUCACCUCCAAAAGCACAUUUUGGAGCUGGCUUCCAUUCUGGAUGUUAGGAAUGUUUUCCUGGAAAACACACUCGAUGACUAUUAAAAGAAACUGUCUUAUUGCAAAGGGGAUUCCCUGGCCACAGAUUUUGAAUGGUGCAGUUUUAUAAUGUGAAAAUCAUAAAAGGAAGUACUUGAUUUUAUUUUUAAAUUUAGGACCAUUAUUUUAAAAAGUAAUAAUAAACAGCUGUUAGUUGAGCUGUUCCAUUCUGUAUGGGGUCAAUUUUAUAAGCAGAAGUUUUCAUGUCUUUUAAAUGUUAAACUAAAGAAUCACAAGAGGUUUAUUUCUGGUCUUGUGGCUGUCAACCACAUUUCCAACAGCUGAUCCUAAGCAUAGAAGUAUUAUUGGUUACCUUUAGCCCACAUUUGUGGAAAUCCUUUAUUUUUAUACAAUUUUAAGAAAUUGGAAAGAAAAAAAGCAACAGAAAAAACCCAAUAUUUUAUCCCCAAAGAGUCUGGAUUUGAAAUGGUAAAGAUGGAACCACACAGUGCAAACCAACAAUAGCAAUAACACAGAUUCCUUCAUAACAAAUAUAUUUUUUCAGUCUUAGGCAAGCGAGGAAACAAAACAGUGGGCAAUUAAGCUGCAUUUGGAGCAGUGUUUUGAAGUGAAUUUGUAAAGAUACUUAAUGCUCCCUAUAAGUUUGAUGCAGCAGUUUUCUGUUUGAGCUGUGUACUGCUGGCCAAGGACCUGGCUGGGCAGGGGGUCAAUAGUGAACCAACUACAAACCCUGCAGGUCAGCCCCCACCUCUCACUGGCAUGGGGGGCAUCCUGCCACAGCAGGAGGGGGCAUUCUUCAGUUUGAGGCACUGUUAGGAAUUUCCAGCAGGUGUGUGGAUGGAGUGUGUGGCUCCCACAGCAUGAGCAGUCCCUGGUAGAGCUGAGAGCACGCCCUGCACAGCGCUGGGCCUGUCCCUCGUGUGUGUGACCCUGCUGUCACAGCCCCAGAGAGGUGCUGAUGUUCCCUUGCACGUGAGGCCAGCUGGGAGCUGCCAGAGCCCCCCGGAUGUUUUGCAUGCCCCCCAUGCUCAGCCCUGCCCUCUGGAACAGCCAGGGGCUGGAACUUGGCAGCACCAUCACUCCCCAGCCGAGAGCUCGGCUGGAUGGGUGUCUGCAGCAGGACCUUUGGGAAGGGGCUGGCUGGAGAAGGCUCUUGUGGCUGCUGGAAGAGGGCUGGCUGCCUCAUUUGGGACUGCUCUGCCUGCCCUGAAGAGCUGGAGGAGCUCUGGCAGCUCCUGGCAGUGCAGGGGGAGCAAGGAUGAGGGAAUGGAGAUACUUUAAACUAUUAAAUGGAAAAGUCAAUUGUCACUGUUGUUCCGUGGGCUGCUAGAAGUGAGAGGACAAGUCCAAUUGGUACUUUUUGUUUAACCCCAGCCAUGCCUCUGUGCUUAGGUGGAAACAGAGCAGAACUUGGUGACUGUUGCAGGGUCAUGGCAGUCCUGGGUGCAGAGCAUCAGCCAGGGUGUGGUGUGGUCAGCCAGAGCAGCCUGGUGGAUCCAUUCGGCUGAGGGAGCACAGUGUGGAACAGCAGGGACGCUGCAGUGUAGCUGGGGAGUUUGCAUGAAGGUUCUUUGUAGCUGGGCUGAAGCUUGCACCAUCCAUUCUUUAUUUCCCAAGUGUACAAAAUCCUGUGAAUGCUUUGUUUGUCCUAAGCAGUCGUGAAGCUGGUACAUUGAGACCCCCCCUUGGUGCUGCUCUUUGGACUCUGGCAGGACUUCCUUUGCCAGGCUGUGGAGUCUGUUGUGACGAGUGUGUGUUGGUGUGUGCAUGUGUGUGCUCGGCGUUUGUGUGUGUAUGUACAGUACACAUGCAUCUACUGCCUGGUGUAAAUUGUAAAUAUGUAUUUAUGUACAGGUACUUGUAUAUGUAUUAAAAAGAAUGAACCACUACGAUGUCUAUAUACAAAAUUUAUAUAUACACACAUACGCCAUGUUGGGUGGAAGCCACAAGGUGCUGCAGAUCUUUUGUGGUUGUACUAAAGGUCAUGGCUCUUCUGCCACUGUAAUUUGCUGUUUCCAGGGACUUACCCUUGGGCCUUGAAGUAAUUGAUAACUGAUUCCAGGUGCAGGAGCCCUCAGUUAGCCAAGGGAAUGGGUAUCCCUGUAUGUGUUACAGUGAUAAGAUCCAUGUAUUACUGUGAAGCUGAUCCUGCCUGGUAGGAGGCCCCCAGUUGCUAAAACGUGGGAUUGUAUGUGGAGGCUAAAGAUGCAGGAAGCCUUUGAUGCAGCAGCAAGUGAGGCAGGUUAUCUGUUGCCCUGCCUGCUGUUCCUCUACCAGCAGUGUUCAGCUUGCAUGGAAAAAGGGAAUUGAGUUUUCCCCAGCUCACUGCCUUCCAACCAAAUGCUUUUGCUUUGCUUUAGCUUUUGCUUUGAUGAAGCUAUUCCUUUUUUGGUUCCAUCUCUAUGGAAAAGAAAAGAGUAUGCUGUUUCCAAGCAUAGGAGUGAUGAUGAUGAUGAUUCCACUCGUGUGGGCUGGUGAAGCUCUGGGACAUUGCUCGUGAACUGACUGGGAAAGCCUUGGUGGUCCUCACCUUUGUUUAGGCUGAAGUGGGGAGUCCCUGCUUGUGACCUGAGGGGCUUCUACCAUUUGCAGCCCUUCGAGGAAGUUCUGUUUGCUUUUUGCCAAGGUAGAUCUCAUCAGAGAAGAAUGCACUUUUUAAAAGAAGAAGCUGAAAUGUAGGAGGAGAAUAUAGGCCUUAAAAAUUAGUUCAGAAGCUGAACUUAUCAGCAAUGACUAUUCUAGUGAAAAACUAGUUUUUGAGGUUCCUAAUUCUCCUCUUACCCGCUGAUCUUUGUUAGAAGGCCCAGUGCUGGGACGUUCAAAGAUAAAGAUUUCACUCCUGUUGUGUUGGGAGGAGUGUGGAAUUGUACUGUGGAAGCAGAGGGCUCAUACCCUCUGUCUGCUCUAGCUGUAGCUAGGAUGAGUGUCUGCUCUUGGAUUUUGAGCCAGCCCCUUCUUUCCCACCCAAAGAACUGCAUUCAAUAUGAAAAUGUUGAUAUUUUCCCCUCCAAGUAAAAGCUUGUCUUGUUUGAACUAAGUCAUUCUGAACUUGUGCUACUGUGUGCUCUGUGCUAUGGUCGUAGGUACCUCUCGGUGUAUGCUUGUGUGUACUGAAGAAAAUCUGGUUUUGUAUCUCGCAGUCCUCAGUGUGGAAGCCAAGCAAAGACUGAACCAUUUUUAAGUGAGAAGAGAACAAAUCCUUUUCUUCUCGGGCCUGAUGCCUUCCCUCUUGUCUCGCUCUCCCUUUCUCCAUGUAUCUUUAUUGCUUAUAUUAGCGGAGAAGACUUGCCAGCACCAGGCAAUGCCAAAUUAAAGGGGUGAAUUCUGCAUGUAAAACAUUGAGAGGACAAGGUGAACUGGACCAGCUGUGUCCUUACAGGACUGCUCCUGCCUGGCUCCCUACUCCCUGCAUGUGGUGUGCUCAGAUGAAUCCUGCUCCCACAGUAGGUUUGUGCUCCUGCUCAAAUUGGCUUUGGAACAUCUUGCCAAAGUUACUGCUGUUGCCUUUUUUUCCCCUUUGACUUCUCAAAAUAACAGUGUCAGGGCAAUGCAGGGUUAUGAGUCUUUAAUGCUUUGGUUUUUCAUUCCUCUUGGGGUGUGAUGUGUCAUUUUGCUUUGUGCACCAGCUAAAUGGAGCACUGCCUUCUGUGAGCUGCACAAACAGGACUUGCUCCCUGGAGUGCUUUCUUGAGAAGUUUCAGGACCUUUCUUUGAGUAGUUCAUCAAAAUAAUGUCUGUCAAGUCAUAACUGACUAAACCCCUCAAGACUGUUCCCCAGGGGGAUGUGCAGAGAUGUCUUUAAAGGAUCAUAGGAAAUAGAUGAGGGCAACAGGAAAUCUGGCUUCAAUUAAUCAUCUUCAGAAGUUACAAUUUGAGUGUCUCUGGUCAGGCUUCUCCCCUCAGGAUGGGAUGGAAGUGCUGUUCCAUAGCCCACCCCUGGCUUGAGUUAGGAAGCACCUCCCCUGCCUCACUGCCUCCCGUGUCCUGUAACUAUGCUGUGCUGCAAGUCUGCUCUUCCCAAAGCUAAAAACCUUGGAAUCUGUCUGAACAAGUGUUUUGUCUUGAGGUUUCUUUUGUAAAAGCUUUACCUGUGUUCAGUUCCUCAGUAACUGUCGGUGAGUGCAGCUCAGUCAGUGGUGCAGCAACAUCCUCACUCACUCCUGGUGGCGUUGGGGGCUGCUCCUGGGGCUGAGGGAGCUCUGCAGGCAGGAACACUUACAUGAGCAAGGGAAAAAAUUAAAACAGAGAGCUGAAAACUGCUCUGUGCACCUCGUAAGGUCAGACUGGACAGAGCAGCCGGGGCAGAGCUCUGCAGAGCAGAUGAUACCGCUGAAGGGGCUCUCCCGUAUUUGUAACGUUGGACUUUAGAGCAAUACUGAUCUGUGACCAAAUGUAUUCAGGUGCUUUGAAGAUCAAUAGGGAUCUGCUCACUAGAGCAGAGCAUACACAUAACUGCUUCAGAUUUAGGAGAGACAGCCACUUUUUGUUUUCCUGUCUAAAUCAUUGCCAAGACUGAGGAGAGUUAGUUCAGGAUUUCUGAUCUGGCAUUUUUUGGGGUUAAGGACUGUCUCUGUAUUGUGCCCAGAGGCACGCACAGAUGUUUUGUUCCUGGUUUGAUUCCCGCUGGGAGCAGACCCCAGCACAGCUGGCUGGCCUGCAGGAGCCCCCGAGCAGAACAGAUCUCACCAGCCCUCCUUCCAGAGCAAACCCUGCUGGGAGGAUCUGCCCCCUCACAGAUGGCUUUGGCACGUGUUGGUGAUGGUUCUGCCAUUGAACUGGUUUGUUGGGAGCAGGAUUCUGCCUCAUGCAGGCUGAAAAGCACAAGUGGCUUCUGCCCUGGGCCCGGCCCAGCGAGGAGGGGAGCGCAGGUGGGAGCGUUCUGGGAAUGCAGAGGGACCGUGCCUCGGGCAGCCCAGCUGCGGAGGCACACGGAGCGUUUUGCCUCUCUGAGAAUCAAAUUAUUUAUUACCAAAAGUAAUUUUAUAGUGAAUUGGUUUAAAGUUAUUUUACAGCUGUGUGCCUGUAUAUCGUAUUUUGGUAAAAACGGAUAUUUUCCUUAAAAUAUAUAGAGAUAUAUAAAUAAACUUUUUUUGGAGCAAAUGGA